AUGGCCGACGCAGAGAACAUCGCAAUCACCAAGGCCGAGGCCGCUUUGGGGCACAGUGAAACCGCAACAAAGCGGAAUCCCGUCGUCUUGGAGGAAGAUGGAGAGCCACCCCACAAGCGUGCCGCCCAAGGCUCGGGCGAUGAUGUUUCAAGUCAGCGCAAGCCACCACGAUCCAAAACGGACGUCAAAUUCCCUCUUUACCCCUCUUCUUCGAGCUUUAAACCAAACACCAUUGCCCAGCCUCCCGCCAAGGAAACCUUGCCCCGCGCAGGCCCCUCAAAUAGUAGUAGCAGUGCCGUAGCAGCUUCGCCUAGUGGCACACCGAGUCACUCCUUCAACUCCCUGUCAAUUGGCCGCACCCCAAUUCGACUAUCGCCAUCAGUUGAGGACGCGCGUUACGCAGCUCUUUGCGGGCUUGAUAACAUGGGCAACACUUGCUAUCUCAAUUCAGUCCUUCAAUGUCUAAGGUUUUUACCUCUCAUGAGCGAAUGCCUCAAUUACACGUCGCUGCUCGACAAGGUCCCAUUUUCGGUCGACAACCACCCGCUUCUUCUCAGGUGGCAGCUGCUCAUGGAGGAUAUGGCUGAUGCCGAGAAAAGUCACCGCUUGCGAGCGGAUCAGCUCUUUGCCACACGCACAAUUUCUUUGGCACCAACCUCCUUCAAGCACGAACUCGGCGUGGCCAAUGCGCUCUUUGACUCUUUCAUGCAACAAGACGCUCAAGAGUGCUUGCGGUUUUUAUUAAACCACUUGCAAGAAGCUCAAGAGGCAGCGCUUCAGCCUGCCUCCGUGCCCAGCUCUGCGGAUGGACAGCAAGCAGAAGCUCCAACUGCUCUGCGCCGCGCCAGCCUGCCUCUCCUUCCAUCGUCCAGUUUAGGCCGUCCCGUCGAGUUGGAUCAUGAACCAGAACUGACGGAUGCAUCUGCAUCUCUGUCGUUCGUGGACCAGGCAGACCUUGACAUGCUAGAAUCUGGGCCAUUUGGCGAUUCUCAGGAUGAAUAUCACAAUAAUUGGCUUCAAGUGCAGAAGAUGGAGACAGAAAACGCUCCAACGCCUUCUGAUUCAGGUUCCGGGUCGAGAUCAAACAGUCUCCCAGAUAUUGAUUUACAGGCAAGCGCCCUGGCACCGGAACACGAGUAUGGCGCUGCAACCGCCAGUACUGUGGUGAUUGAUGACGAUGAAGAUGCCAACGAAGAUGACGACGAGGAAGACGAAGGUAACAACGGAGAUGAAGCUGGCGGCGAUGCAAGUAGCAAUGGGGUCGUUGACAAUGACGGUAGCGACACUUCAAGAAGCGAUGCAGCAGACAAGACAGAUUUUGCGAUCCGCAUCUCAAGUGCAGAGAGCACGGGCCGGGAUGAAGGCUCAAUAUCUCAGCAACGAGAGCUUUCGUCAAGCGUUGAAAAUGCCAUACUCGUGGCCGAUGCCAGUGGCAGCUUGGACGACAACAUUGUUCAAGUGGAUGGACCGAUGACGGCACCAAUUGCUCACCAAGCGAGCAGCCCGCCAGACUCGAGCGCCGAACCCAAGAUACCCUUCACUGGCAGCCUCUUUGAAGGCCACAUGUUGUACACCACCCGUUGCCUUACCUGUGACGCCCGCUCGGAUCGACGCGAGGCUUUUCAUGACAUUUCAAUUCCGGUCCCCUCUGAGCCGCAAACACUCAAGGCUUGUUUGGCGCAGCUGUUUGGAAAGCGGGAGCGCAUGGUGGGGGCGGACAAGAUCUUUUGCGAGCAAUGCCAAGCCAAACAAGAGGCAACGCGAGAGAUGAGCGUGGCCGACUUGCCCCCUGUGCUCACCCUUCACCUCAAUCGCUCCGAUCACCUUGGUGCCAAGGCAAGUCGUUGUCUCACGCUGCCCCCCAUUUUGCAGCAACAGAACAACCCCGUCACCGCUAUCGAUUAUGUAGCGCCAUCUUUCAUCGGGGGCAAACAGCCUACUCUGGACAUUAUUUUGCCAUGGUUCGGCGUGCAGAGCUGCAGCAUGCGACGCAAGGCUGGUCUUGUGAGGCACUGCUGCGUCAUCAAGCAGCGCAGCAAGCAGCAGCUGAGAUGGAGGACAGGACUGGGGUUGCCCUGUCCCGAGGGGCUUCUGCCCAAAAGCUGA